CUGCUAUCACUACUACUGUCGCCACCACCACCACACAAAUUUCUCUCAGGUCUCGCUUUCCGGUUUUGCAUUUAGCCGCGGUUUCUGCACACACACCACGAGACCCGUACAGUCACCAUCCACAGCGUACCUGUGCCUGUACCUGCACGUCAUCCGUCUUUUCACCCGUUGCGCCGGCAGGAGCGGAAAGACCCCGAAUUCACCACCACCCCAUAAUAAUCACUCUCGCCAAUCUCUCACCACUUUCACAAUGUCCGUAGUUCCUUCAACCGCGGGCGACCGCAUUCGCCAAAUUACCGCCCACAUCAGUGUGAGCGAAUCGAAGAUCGAGACCAUGGCCACAAACUUCGAUGCCGCCGCUGUGCCUCAAGCACCCGAGGAUCCGCUCUUCGGUCUGAUGGCCGCCUACCGCAAAGACACGGAUCCCAAGAAGGUUGACCUCGGAAUUGGUGCAUACCGUGAUGACAACGCAAAGCCAUGGGUCUUGCCCGUGGUCAAGCAGGCAGAAGAAAUCCUUCGUCGGGAUCCUGAGCUCAACCACGAGUACCUGCCCAUUGCCGGUCUCCCAGCCUUCACCGCUGCCUCGCAAAAGUUGAUCCUGGGCAAGACUUCCGCUGCCAUCGCAGAGAAGCGCGUCACCUCGUUUCAGACCAUUUCCGGAACUGGCGCUGUCCACAUGGGCGCGCUGUUCCUCUCAAAAUUCUACAACCCCGCAAACCCUGCCGCAAAGGUCUGCUACGUCAGCAACCCAACAUGGGCCAACCACAACCAGAUCUUCAGCAACGUCCAAAUCCCCGUGAAGACCUACCCAUACUUCUCAAAAGCGACCAAGGGCCUCGACUUUGAUGGCAUGAUCGGCGCGUUGAACAGCAUCCCCGAAGGCAGCAUCAUCCUCCUUCACGCAUGCGCACACAACCCAACAGGUGUCGACCCGACGCAAGACCAAUGGAAGGCCAUCGCCGAGGUCAUGCGCGCGAAGCACCACUUCCCCUUCUUCGACACCGCAUACCAAGGCUUUGCAUCGGGUUCGCUAGAACGUGACGCCUGGGCCAUCAACUACUUUGUCGAGCAGGGCUUUGAGUUGCUCAUUGCGCAGUCAUACGCCAAGAACUUCGGUCUCUACGGCGAGCGUGCCGGCUGCUUCCACUUCGUCACCUCGCCUGCACCUCAAGGCUCUGAGGUCGCGGCCCGUGUCGCAAGCCAGCUCGCCAUUCUCCAGCGUUCAGAGAUCUCAAACCCCCCCGCAUACGGUGCGCGGAUCGCAUCACUCAUCCUCAACGACCCCAAACUCUUUGCUCAGUGGGAGCAAGAUCUCCGAACCAUGUCCGGCCGUAUCAUAGAGAUGCGCAAGGUCGUCCGAUCAAAGCUCGAGCUUCUCGGCACACCUGGCAAAUGGAACCACAUCACCGACCAGAUUGGCAUGUUCAGCUUCACAGGCUUGAACGAGCAGCAAGUCCAGCGAUUGAAAGAGAAGUUCCACAUCUACAUGACCAAGAACGGUCGCAUCAGCAUGGCUGGUUUGAACACCAAGAACGUUGACUACUUUGCACAAUCCGUCGACAGCGUCGUCCGGGAGUCGUUGUCAUCGUAGUCGGUGGUGUGAUCUGGGUGGAUUGCGAUUGAAGUUCGAGGUACGGGAGAUGAUUUGUGGUACACAAAUUUUGCCGCAAAGGCUUUCUUUGGCAGGAGGGCACGCGAGCAGCUGCGGCCCAAUCCCGAAUUUUCCAUUUGUAGUAUACGUUUAGAGGGCAUGGG